CCACAUAGAAAACAAGCAGUAACAUCGGUUGCAAUAAAAUUUGAUAGUUCAGAGAAUAAUAACGGAGAUGGUUUACUGAAUAUGUACACUUCCGGAAGGGAUGGUGGGUAUGUAAAAUAUAGGUUGAGAAGUUUGCCAAUAACUGAACAAGUAAUUUCAGGAUGUGAUCUAAUAUUGGAAGAAAUUUACAGAGCAAAAAUUACUAAAGGAUGGAUAGAAAAGGUAAUGUUUGUAGAUGAUGAAUUGAUAUUGUUAGGAUUUUAUAAGAAGCGAUUUUUUGUAUAUAAUGAUAUAAAAAAAUUUGAGAUGCUUUCAAUUGCGUGUGAUGGUGCCCAUCGAGUUCGGCAUUUUAAAACUCAAGAUAAACGGAUGAAUAAAACUAGUUUUAUGUUUAUCCGAAAGGAGAAUGUAUUUAUUUACUCAAGAGAAACCACGACUAUAAACGAUGGAUUUAACGAAUAUAAAUUGCAAGAAAAUUUUCAUGGGAAAGAAUGUAGAAAUGUUAGAUUUUUGCCGUAUCCUCCAAAAAUUUCGCAUAAAUACCAUUUGUUCAAAAACGACUCAAUUAUAUUUGCAACUGGGGCUGAGGAUAGUUUGUUAAG